GCUCUGCUCCUACAUUGGUGUGCAGUCGAAGAAUAGGUCGAAGAACUUUCCAUUUUUCAUUCUUUGGACUUUUUUUUGUCUUAUCUGUGAAGACAAAUUCUUCACGGAGACCUAUAAAAUGCACAGCAGAAGCAGCAGUCUUCUUGUCGUCUGCAUGUCAUGUUUUGACGUGUGUCGUGCAUGAGUUGAUCCUUGAAAGCUAGCCGGCAACUAGCAUAGCAUUAGGACUGCUUCGUGGCACCUUGCAAGUUAGUCAACAGACGUUUGCAUCGUUUUUCUGCCAACAAAAAAGCGUGGUCAGGCCGUUUAUUCUUGUCCACGUCAAGAUGGCAGCCGCCUGCGUGAAUCGCCCCGUUACCUGCUGACUGUCAUGCUGAGACUAGCUCGUCUUUUCAGGGCAGUGACGUUGACGAGAAGCGUUUGCGACACCUCCGUGGACGACAUGGCCAAGGGGAAGUUUUUCUACGCCGUGAGGAAAGGAUUGCAACCAGGUGUCUACAACUCCUGGGAUGAGUGUAAGGCCCAGGUGGACAAAUUCCCAGCAGCUUCUUAUAAGAAGUUUGCCUCCGAGAAGGACGCGUGGGCUUUUGUUCGAGGAAUUCAACCUUCUGCGGUACCACAGCAACCCAAAGCAGUGGAACCGGAUGUUUAUUUGCUCCCCAAAAGGGGUCCUGAGCCUUUGGAGUACAUCCCGCUCGGUAAGAAGAGAAGUCACGUUGAUGAAGACGACGACGAGAAGGAGGAGAAGAAGCAGCAGGAGGAGACUUCCGUGCCGUCCAAGCGCAUCAAACCCAACCAAAGCUCAUCUUCGGACGACAAAGAUGGAUUCACAUACAUGGGCGACGCCGUGGUGGUUUACACGGACGGCUGCUGCUCCUUCAACGGCAGACGCGGCGCUCGGGCCGGCAUCGGCGUCUACUGGGGCCCCCAGCAUCCUCUGAAUGUUGCCGAGCCACUGCAGGGGAGACAAACCAACCAACGUGCAGAAAUCAAGGCAGCAUGCAUGGCGCUGCAACAGGCCAGUGAGCAAAAGAUCAAGAAGCUGCUGGUCUACACAGACAGCAUGUUCACCAUCAACGGCAUCACCAAGUGGGUGAAGAACUGGAAGCUGAACGGUUGGCAGCUCAAGUCGGGCGGCAGCGUCACCAACAGAGACGACUUUGAGGAGCUGGACCGCCUCUGCGGCCAGCUGGAGGUGGUCUGGAUGCACAUCCCCGGCCACGCGGGCUACAAAGGCAACGAGGAAGCAGACAGGCUGUCCAGAGAAGGAGCGGCAAAAUCCAAGCCGGAGCUCCACCCAGCGUCGCCGUGAGCGCCCGCAUUUCUGUUCUUUUAUUCGUUUUGCAAUAAACUUGUUUUCCGCCUCA